GAUGUCGCACCGAAUCCUGAAACAGUUGUGAUCUUUCCUUCGUUCAGUUGCGGCAGUCCGCCAUACUGUUUUGCCGCAGUGUUUGUUUUGGUUUGAUUCACAGUUUGCACCAAAAAUUAGACCAAAUUCGUGAUAAAAAUAGGCAGAAGGGCAAAGUGCAUAUUUUUCAAUUACGCCUUGUCGUUGUCAGUCUUAAACGUGACGGUGAACAUUAGAAAUGGCCUGCGCCACCCUCAAAAGAUCUUUGGAAUUCGAUCCAGUCCACAGCCAUGGACGACCCAGUAAGCGAAGAAGAUGCGUACCAGUAUGUGUAUCACCAGGAAGUUCAACUCAAAGAAUACCUAAACAGCAAAACCCAUCACCAUUCGGAGAAGUCGCUCACAAAUUGACGCCUGAAAAAAUGGCUGCUAACAUCAGAGAAGAAAUUCGCCGACUUCACAAACGCAAGCAACUACAUUUCAACCCUCAGCAAGGUAACAGUAGUGGUUGUGAUUCUUCAGAUAUGGAAGGUCCUGCAAGUCCAUCUGGCUGUGCUUCAAAUUCUUUCAGUAGCAGUCCGAAUGGUCGAGAGAAACCAUUAUUCACGUUCAAACAAGUUGGAUUAAUUUGUGAAAGAAUGCUCAAAGAGCAGGAAACUCAAAUACGUGAGGAAUAUGAUCAAAUAUUAAACAUGAAGCUUUCUGAGCAAUAUGAUGCUUUCGUCAAAUUCACGUACGAUCAAAUUCAAAAAAAAUUUGAAUCUGCGGCUGCACCGAGUUAUCUAUCUUAAAUUAAAGUAUAUACCUCGAAGACAGAAUACUGUGAAGAGAGUUAGAUUUUUACUUCAUAAGAGGAAAAUUUCGCUGGAAGUUUAAGCUAAAGUAGUUUUAAUACUGCCUCAAAUAUAUAAGAUUGUAUAAAAUCAAUUGAUUUGAAAAAAGUGAUCAUCAUAUUUGAGGAUUUCAACAAUCGGCAAACACGGAGGAAGUUUAGUGAAGUAAGUUGAGUAAAUUUGGUAGUUAAAAAUGAAAUAAUUCUAAGUUCAACAAAAAAGUAAUGAACAAAAAAUGUCGAUAAUCGAUCGACAAUUUCACGAUUAUAUUAGAGAAAAAAUUAAGAAUAUUUGUACUGUCUGAUGUUUAAGCGCAGUGGUAUCAGGGAACUUCAUAACUACGACUAUUCAAGUCCCUAAACGCUAAAAUACUUUUAAAAUUUACAACGGUUAAUAUAAUACUUAUUAGUCGUUAUAAAAUAAUUUUGACUUUGCACAAAUUCUUGCUGAAUUGAUUUUUUGUAAUAGGAAAUUAUACAAAUGUUGAAUUGAUAAAAACAUAUAAAAUAAAAAAAAUUAGCAUUAAAAAGUAUUGACAAAGAUAUCAAUUAAAUGAUUAUACAUUUACACGUUUACACUUUAGCUCAGUACCUUUUUCAUAAAUUGUACAAAGUCUUUAGGUAAAUAGAAAAUAUCUUUGAAUAAUUUCUACAUAAAACGUUUUUGAUACCAACAAUUAAAAAGAUUUUUAAUGAAUAAAAACUUCAUUCUAUUUGCGCUGUACAUUGCGCACAUUCAUAUUUCAUUUACUGUUAAAAUUUUUAAGUUUUCCAUGAUAAAUUAUAAAUAAAACAUUAGUGUUUACUAAAAUACAGCAUUUAGAUUACAAUCUAAAACUUGAUUUUUUGUAAAAAAAAUAAUGUGUUCAUCUUUCAUACUAUUUAAACGGUACUAUCAUUAUUAUCAUCAUCAUCAUCAUUUAUUGUUUAAUAAACAAAAUCCUAUAGUUAAUGAACUACAUACUUUUGUACACAUUUGCUUCAUAGAUCACUUUAAUAUUCAUUGAGCAACAUUUAUAAAUAAAUUAAUAAAAAGAAUAUAGUAAUGUUUAAAAUUGUAGUAGGAUGUACGGAUAAUUUAUAUAAACAAAAAAUAAACAAAAUUUUCAAAGUUAAUAAAAUUUUUUCGUUCCCUGGUAGCCAAUCGCUUGAUUAAGCGCAAUAAAUUAAUAAAUAUUAUAGUAAGUAAUAAACUUAUAUUAAUGAAUUCAAACAGUUAUCGUGCCUAUUGUAGACAUUACUUGUUUAAGAUUACAGAUUUUCGCAAACAUAGUUAUUACUAAUUAUAAUUGUAAUUAAACCGAACUAUUGUUUUUCCUUAUUCUCAUUGUGAAUAAUGAUAACCCAUCACAAAAAAUGAAGUGUUAUUUUUCAAUUCUUGAUUCUUUUCUUAUAAAAUAUAAAUAAUAAACGUUAGGUAAUGUAAAUUUCAUUAGUUUUUAAAAUAUACAUUUGUUUCAUAUUCGUCCAAAUAAUUAAACGAUCUGUUACCUUUUCAAUCUCCCAGUUGUUGGCCAUAUGAAUGAAAUGAAUCUACUGGGACAUAUAUAAGAAAAACGAGUUUGUAAUAAGGAUUUAUAUUUUUCUGAUUUUUCUUAUGCUCAGCUUAUAACCAAUAGUGAUUAUAUUUAUUAUUAAACUAAACAAAAAAAAAUAUUAAAAAAAUUUAAUACUUAGUUUUAAUAAUAGUAAUCGUAACAAAUAGUUAAUUAGAUAAUUAGUUAGAUAAGAAUAAUGGUUGCGAAGUGAAAUUUAAAACUGUACUAUUCAUUAUUAAAAUUAUCCGUGUUAUUUUGUUACAUUAGUUGAAAUGAAAAAAUUCAUGUUUGAUAAUUGGUUAAUAUAUAAUUUUUUUAUAAUUUAGAGCUUAUUGUGCAUCGUGAUAAUGUAAACCAGUAAAAUGAUUUAAUAUAAAUUAGAUUAAUUUAAGUAAUAAAUCUAAAAGUCACGAAAAAAUUGGGCGUUUCUUAUUUUUUUUUAUAAAAAAUAGAAUAUAAUUACCUUAAUUGUCAUUAAAUAAAUAAAAAUGAUCUAAACGAUUGAUAGCGUCACAGAUGCGUUCAAUUUUUCAGUGAAAUAACGUAAGUCAUGUAUACUCAAACAAUUACAAUAAUUUAUAAUAAAUUGAGUACUAAUAAUUCAAGUAAUAAAAUCGAACGAAUAAAAGAUCGUAAAAAAAAACUCCUUGAGAACGUAAUUCCUGCAUGGUAUUUUAUUUUCAAGGGCUAAAAUACCUCUAUAAAAUGUAAACUCAUUAUUGAAAUAAAGAUAAUUCUUAAGACUGAA